AUGAAGGUGCCCACAGCUGCCCUCGCUGUCCUCCUCUGCCCCACGGCCCUCUGCAGCCAGGUCCUCUCGGCACCAUUUGAGGCUGACACCCUAACGGUCUGCUGCUUCUCUUACACUGCCUGGCAGCUUCCUCGCAAAUUCGUAGCUGACUAUUUUGAGACCAGCAGCCAGCGCUCCAAGCCCGGUGUCAUCUUCCAAACCAAAAGAGGCCGGCAGCUCUCCUGGGUCCAGGAAUACAUCACUGACCUGGAGGUGAAUGCCUAA